UGAUGAGUUCUGCUUCUCAGGAAGAGAAGCGGGCUACAGCAGUGGGGCUCCAGUCAGACUCCUCCUCGCUGGGAAAAUGUGUGUGUGAAGGAGGGGCGCUGCAAAAGAGAGGGACACACACACACACACACACACAAUGAAGGGCAGAAGAGGAUACAAUAAGAGGUUGUGUAACCUGCUCUGGGAAAAUAGAGAAAUGGAUGAUGUUUUGCUUUCUCAUGCAUUUAUGGAAAUUUGUGGAGAGUUAAGAGAGGAGAAAAUACAAAGGUAAGAAGUGGUGCAUUUUCUCAUAGCGCUGUUCACAGGGACGUGUGGUUCUUCUGCAGGUCACUGGACUGAAAUAUGAUCUAUGAUGAACUUUAAAAACCUGUGAUGCUGUCAGCCUACUACAAAUGUUUUCUCUAUUUUUAGAAGGAAAUAAUUAAAAAAAACCCUAAAACCUUUCUAAAUAACAUCCUUUGCAUAGAAAUCCUCUUUAAUAAUAUUUAGGUCGCGUUUAUAUUAUGUCUGUUCAUAUAUCGUGGUACCAAACUUCUGAAUCAGCUCUCAGCCUGGAUAUCUCUGCACCUCCGACAUACAAAUCUUGGAGCACACGACUGUCAAGUCUGCAGUGACCGUACUUGCAGGUGUUUAAAAACUUCCAAAGUGUUUGCUUUCGUGAAAUCGUGUACAGAAAUCUGUUUUCAUGCAUGAAGGUCUCGCUGGAAUAUGACAGCUUGUUGAACACUUCUCUACCAGCAUGGGAAACCUGCUUCAAUGCUGUCUCAGACGUUUGUUCCGGUGUAAGGACAUUCCUGACCAAAUCGAAGAGCAAUCUCCGCUCUUGUCGAGAGAGAACAGUGAUGUUGAAAGUCUCUCUCCAUCAAGGUCUGACAUGCUGGCAUCUCCUGUUUUGGAUCAGGACCACCUCAUUUACCCUGACAUAGUCCUUAGCAGUAGUCAUCGAGCUAACCUGGACAGAGCUGACUUAUCACAGCAGUUAGAGCUUGUUUUACCAGAGAGUGGACAAAACAAAAAACAAAGUAGUGUCAAGGAGGAAUGUCAGGAAGGUUUCGAAGAAGAGGGAAUGCCAAGUACAAGAAUCAGUCAACAGGAAUUCUACUAUUUGGACAGAAAUCAGCUAUGCACCACUGAGAAAGAAUGGCCGUUACUGUCUUCCUUACACUCAUGGCCAUCGGAACAGUCAAAUGCCGGAAAUUUUGCUUCUCAGACCAUGAUCUACACACAUGGACAAGGAAGCAGGUACUGGCAGGCAUCCCCGUGUCAAGGAGUGCAGUUAUUAGCACAGGGAAAUGGAAGCCAAAGACUCAUUUUCUCAGAGCCCAAAUCUGCUGGUACCUUCAGCACACCUUCAUCUGACAGCCUUGGAAAAAUAGCAACACAGACUGAGACUAUCAUUCAAGUAGAUGAAGUUGGGAUUCAAGAUGAGUACAAAGAAGAAACUCAACUAGGAGAAGGAACAGAACAAAUGGAGCUAAACGUGGUACGCCGAGACCAGAAUGUAGCACGACUAGGACAGGAAGUUACACAGAGACCAAAACAUGAGCAAAGUGCUGUAUGUUCAGAUGAAAGUGCAGCACAGCUAGAUGAAGUCGGAGUCAAAAUUAACCUUGACGUAAGCAACCAAAUGGAAGAGUAUCCAGUUCAGUCCGGACAAAUUGAAGCACAAUACAGACCGAGCAUAGCGAAGACGGAUGAAAUAAGGCAUGAAACUGAUGUUCUAAUUAGUCAAAAUGGAGAACACAAAGAACCAGGCUUACAGGUUAGACUAAAGACGAGCCCAGAUAUCGAAAGAAACCAAGAUGAGAUCACACAGACCCAACAACUUGUGCUGGAACUGGACUCCAUUCAGACAGAAGCUAAGACUUCAGGACAUAACGAACAGCACAUAUCUGGGAAUGAACCUGAGUUUGCACCAAACAAGCAAGGUGCAGUAGAGUUAAGAUCUCUUAAUGAAGGACAAGAAAGGGAGAAGUCCGAAGAGCUGGAGCAGGACAAAACACAUCCAAAUCUGGACCAAGGACCAGAGCAGAACGAAAGGUUUACGCUGUUCGUAGUUGAUAAACUGUUCCUGGCCACACCAAAUAUCGCAGGUAUGUGUUCAGUGGUCAUUCGACCACGUCCAAAUAAUAUCCUCAGUGACCAAACAGAGGUUUCAGAGCUAAACAGGUAUAGUGACAAAGAACUCCAAGAAGAUCCUGAUUCUGUAGAUGCAGACCCCUCUGAGGACAUCGGGUUGACAAUCAGGAUCCAGGCCCCUGGUACUGAACCCACUGACUUCCAGGCAUCACCAUUAGCAAUGGUGCAGGAAAUCAAGCAAGUGUUAAUGGACCGUGAGGAGACCUGUCAUCGUACCUGUUUCUCCCUGCAGUUAGAUGGACAUACACUGGAUAACUUCACUGAUCUGAAAUCCAUCACUGGUCUACAAGAGGGCUCACUUUUGAAGAUAGUGGAAGAGCCAUACACGGUUCGAGAAGUUCGUUUACACCUUCGCCACAUCAGAGACCUGCUAAAGAGCUUGGACCCCACAGAUGCCUACAACGGCAUAGAGGGAAGCUCUCUGUCCUUCCUUAGGUUCUUCACUGAAGAACGUGUUGAAGAGAACAGCAAAUUCAAGAAAAGAGGUGAAGAAUUGAAGCAAUUCAACUGUAGCCCUCCUGAGUACAUUCUUCCAGGGACGAAAGAAUGUUUAAUGGGACCCCUGCAGCCUCAAAGUGAGAAUUUGAAGCCCAUCGAAUGCCUGAAGGUGCUGAUGACCAGUAACUGGAACCCUCCUCCAGGAAGCAGAAAAAUACAUGGUGAUCUCAUGUACCUGAAUGUACUUACCAUGGAGGACAGACAGUUCAGCAUUACAGCAUCAACGCGAGGCUUUUACCUGAAUCAGUCUACGACUUACAGCUUUAACCCAAAGCCAGAAAAUCCCAGUAUGCUUAGUCAUUCUUUAGUGGAGCUCCUGGGUCAGAUCAGUCCCGUUUUUAAAAAGAACUUCAGUCUUUUACUCAAGAGAAGAACAUCAACGCAUCCCUUUGAGAGGAUAGGUACUCCGUUGCAGGUGUUUAGCUGGACUGCUCCAGCUCUCAACCAUGCCAUGGACUGUGUUCGAGCUGAAGAUGCCAGCUCUUCCCAACUGGGCUAUGAAGGACACGUGCCUGGACAGGUUUGUGACUGGAAUGAGGAGCUUCAGAGCACCAGAGAGCUACCACGUCAGAGCCUCAAAGAUCGUCUGCUGAGAGACAGAGCAAUCUUUAAGGCUAACAGUGACUUUGUGAGCACUGCUACACGUGGUGCGAUGGCCGUGGUCGAUGGCAAUGUGAUGCCCAUCAACCCUAGUGAAGAACCACGCAAUCACAUGUACGUCUGGAACAAUAUCUUCUUCAGCUUGGGCUUAGAUGGACAUGAACACUAUGAGGAGCUGGGUGGUGAGGCUGCGGCCUAUGCCGCCUCAGCCAUUGACCUGAAUGGUGUGAGAGCAUACAGUGCGGUGGAUGCAGACGGCCUGUAUGUGCUCGGUACCGUACUGGUGGAUUAUCGAGGUUACCGCAUCACUGCCCAGUCGAUUAUCCCGGGAAUUCUCGAGCGUGGCCAGGAGCAGAGUGUGAUCUAUGGCUCCAUUGACUUUGGAAAGACUGUUGUCUCUAAUGAACGGUUCCUGAUGCUCCUGGACAAACCCAGCAAGCAUCUGAGAGUGCAGCGGCACCUUGUGCUUAAUAAAGACGACUCCGCUGUAGAGUUGUGUUCCUCUGUGGAAUGCAAGGGCAUCAUGGGUAACGAUGGCCGUCACUACAUUCUGGACCUGCUGUUCACAUUUCCACCUGACCUCAACUUCCUGCCUGUGGAAGGCGAGGAGCUCCACACCGAGUGUCAGCAGCUCGGGUUCCCACUUCAACACCCUCAUCGCCUGGUCUGUCUGAGACAAGAGCUAAUCGAGGCAUUUGUGAAGUAUAGGUCAAUAGAUUUGUCACGUAUAUUUCUAGUAAAAAAAAAAAGUAUUCUGUGUUCUGGCAGUUUAGGAAUUUUAAUUAGUACAUACGUGAACUUUUAUUCCUUUAGAUAUCACUCAUAUAAGAGCACGGCAUCUCAAGGCUUGGAUCAAGAAAGCAACAGCAUCAGAGAAGUUGGAUCUCCUCACAGCCCAGAGGCAGCUGCUUUGCGACCAACGGCGGAUAUUUCCAACAAGGGUGUAGAUAUUCCCACCCCUGACAAGAACAAUUCUCCCUCUCAGACUAUUCAUGCGUCCUCUUUUGAUAUUCGUUUCAACCCUGACAUUUUCUCACCAGGUGUACGUUUUCCGAAGGAAUGUAUGCAGGAUAUCCAGGAACAAAAACAACUUUUAAAGGAUGCUGCAGCCUUCCUCGUCUCCAACCAAAUUCCUGACUUAAUUAAGAGCUGUGUCGAUCAUACCACAAUGCCAAUGGAUGGUUUUACCUUAACUGAGGCCCUCCAUCAACAUGGCAUCAAUGUCCGGUACCUGGGCACAGUACUGGAGUUUAUUGAGAAGAGUCCUCAGAAGACUAAACUGGACCAUGUUUAUAGAAUUGCACUAUGUGAGCUGAUCACUAGAUGUACAAAACAUAUGUUCAGGACAUAUUUAGUAGCUGUGGAGUCAUCUUCCCUCUCUGUCUCAGUCAGCCAUUUCCUCAACUGCUUCCUCAGCUCCCCACCUGAUAUUCUGGGGACCCAGCAGAUGGACAGACUGUCAUCCAAGCGCAGGAGUCGGCGAAGGCGGAGCCGGGGCUCUGUGAGCGGCGAAAUCACAUCUGUGGGAGCGUCAUGGGCCAGCCUGACCUCCAGUGAACUCUGGAGAACUAUCCAGGCUGAGGCUCGGGAGUAUUAUCACUACCGCCUGCCGUGUGACAGUAUAGAGCAGGCGGUGGACAAGUGUGGCUUACAAAGAAUCACCUUGCUCAGAGAGAUCUCCAUCAAAACUGGCAUCCAGCUUCUUAUCAGAGAGUAUCAGUUUGAUGUCAAGCACAGACCGGUGUUCACCGAAGAGGACAUCCUGAACAUCUUCCCCAUAAUAAAGCACGUCAUCCCAAAGGCUAACGAUGGGAUUUAUCUUCUGCACUGUGGCCAGGCCAGCAUCCAGCAAGGAAGCCUGAAAGAAGGCUGUGAGCUAAUCAGCCAGGCCUUGGGCCUGUUCACUAAUGUUUAUGGGGCUCUGCACCAGGAUGUCUGCGUCUGUCUGCGCCUUCUGGGACGCAUUUACUACAUACUCGGAGACUAUGCUGAGGCACUGAGUCACCAGCAGAAAGCUGUACUGAUCAGUGAGAGAGUUCUGGGAAUAGACCAUCCGAAUACUAUACUGGAAUAUAAACACCUUGGUCUUUAUUGCUUUGCUGGUGGGCAGACAUCCACAGCACUGCGACUGCUCUACCGUGCCCGCUACCUCAUGCUGCUGGUGUGUGGAGAAGAUCACCCAGAAAUGGCUCUACUGGACAGUAAGAUUGGUCUCAUGUUACAUGGUGUGAUGCAGUGUGAUCUCGCACUUAAGUUUCUGGAGAACGCCCUGGCCUUGACCUCCAAAUAUCAGGGGCCUACCUCGCUUAAAGUGGCACAAGGACAUCACUUGUUGGCAAAGGUGUACGAGAGCAAAGGGGAGUUCCGCUCGGCGCUGAGACACGAGAAGGAGCGCUACAUGAUUUACCGGAACCAGGUUGGAGAAGCACAUGAAAAGACACAAGAGAGCUCCGAGUACCUGAAGCACCUCACGAAUCAGGCUGUAAUUCUGCAGAAGACUAUGAACAUGAUAUACAAAAACCGUUCUGCGUCCAGUAUUACUCCUCUCACUCUCGCCACGCCAAGUCGGCUCUGGAUUGUGGAGCAGCUAAAUCUGGUUACUGGCAUUGUCCUUAUCCCACUCAGCAACAAGGAUCUUGAAACUCUUAGGGAUAACACCCAAAAAACAUCUGCUUAAAUGCAAACAGGCCACUUUAUAUUGGUCAGGAAUCGCAGUAGCAUGA